GACCGCUUUUUAAUUCGUCCUAUAGACCACCAUGAAUGACACUUCACCGUUUUCACGAAGAUAAUCUAUUAAUUUUGGUCUGAAUUUUCAAUAAUUUAACGUUUAAGGGCUAAUAUCGUCUUUACCACCUCGCUGGGACCCGGUCUAAUGGGUCCGUAAUGAACGCAAAACGUCCCGGUGUAAUUGGCGGCUGCAUUCCGCGCGUUGUUGCAUCGAGGUCUAUUUUCGUCGCAGUGUGGCAGUAAUUUUUUAUUGUUGGCUGCCGAGUUGACCCGAUUUGUGUGCGACCCGCGGCACUGUGAUCAGUUUUUUUCGUCACGUCACAUCAUCAAACCUCUGCAGGCAGGCACAGGAUACGCAGCACAUUCGCCGUGAUAAUUAACGCACACUGUCACUAGCACAACGGGUGGAUAUCCGAGGAGCAGCAGGAGCGCGCGUCCUUCUAACGCACCAGCUCGCUAACGAAUGAAUCGGUUUCGAGUGAUUCAAGUGCGCCAAGUGCUGGGAACAUGCGCGAUACGGCAACAACGGCCGGCGCCAGCUGAUAGCUGAAGGCGGUGUUGCCGUGCGAUGGCCUCGAUGAAUGGCAUUGCAAGGUCUGUCUCGGUGCAGUGCGGUGUGCUGUUGGUGUGAUGUAGACAUGUGCGGGAACGAUCGACGCCAUGGAAGGGCUGCUGCAAGCUCUCCUUGUCCACUACCACUUCAGCCACCAGAUGUCAGCUGGAUCUCAGAUACAGAUGGCACCGCAGUCUACGAUCAACACAACCCAUCAACCCGUACAUAGCCAAGACUCCAAUAUGAGUACAGGUUCGUCUCAUAGCGACAAAGAGGUGGACCCCAAUACUCCGGAGAAGGUGCCGAGAACUCCUUCCGAAAGGAAGAGGAAAAGAAAAGCGGACGACAGUGGCGGCGCGCCCGGAAAAGGCGUGCGAAACGCUACCUCGGAUAAGAAAAUUAAUGAUUACUUUAAACAUUCUGGAAAUAGUCCUAUUAGACACGGAGGGGCGAAAAGUCCGUCGCCUCAACAAACUCCUUAUCCAAUGUUUCCUCCAUCACCUCAACAGGUGGGCCUGCCAUCCCCCCAAGUCACUACGGUUCCUUAUGAUUUUUAUAAACAACCGCCACGGUUGCCCCUACCUGUUAUGGUUAACAAACAAGUACAGACUGAAUUAACGUGUCAGAGGAUACAGGAGUUCGAGACGCAAGCGUCAUCGGAUCUCGAAGUUCGAAAUAACAAAAUUGAAGAACUGAAUCGGCAAAAUGAAGAAUAUCGACACCAAAUAUCAACCCAACAAAAAGCGACGGACCAACAUAAACAGCAAAUAAAUAAAUGCAUCGAGGUGGUGAAAAAACUGCUCAAAGAAAAAAGUUCUAUAGAGAAGAAAGAAGCACGACAGAAAUGCAUGCAGAAUAGGCUAAGGCUGGGUCAGUUCGUAACGCAAAGGGUAGGGGCAACAUUUCAAGAAAAUUGGACUGAUGGUCACGCGUUUCAGGAGUUGGCGAGCAGGCGGCAGGAAGAAAUAACAGCGGAGCGGGAAGAAAUCGACAGACAGAAAAAGUUAUUAUUGAAGAAAAGGCCUUCAAACAAUGAAAGCAGUAGGAAAAGAAAUAACUCGAACGCUAUGCAUAACGGGACGGAUUCGGGUUUUUUGAAGCCGGACGCUGUUCCUGGUUCUUUGACGCUGCAAGAGUAUUACGAAGCUGACGAAAUUUUGAAAUUAAGACAAAACGCCUUGAAAAAGGAAGAUUCCGAUCUUCAGUUAGAGAUGGAGAAGCUCGAACGGGAACGUAAUCUUCAUAUAAGGGAAUUGAAACGUAUUCACAACGAGGAUCAGUCUAGGUUUAAUAACCAUCCAGUGCUCAAUGAUAGAUAUUUGUUGUUAAUGUUGUUGGGCAAGGGUGGGUUUAGUGAAGUGCAUAAGGCUUUUGACCUUAAAGAACAGAGAUAUGUGGCCUGUAAAGUUCACCAACUCAAUAAAGACUGGAAAGAAGAUAAAAAAGCCAACUAUAUCAAGCACGCGUUAAGGGAGUACAAUAUCCAUAAGGCUUUAGAUCAUCCUCGUGUAGUAAAAUUAUAUGACGUUUUUGAAAUAGAUGCAAAUUCCUUCUGUACAGUUCUAGAAUAUUGUGAUGGUCAUGAUCUUGAUUUUUAUUUAAAGCAGCAUAAGACAAUACCGGAGAGAGAAGCGAGAUCUAUAAUAAUGCAGGUUGUGUCAGCUUUAAAGUACCUGAAUGAGAUUAAGCCACCCGUGAUUCAUUACGAUCUCAAACCCGGCAAUAUUUUGCUCACGGAAGGUAAUGUCUGUGGCGAAAUCAAGAUCACCGAUUUCGGUUUGAGUAAAGUAAUGGAUGAGGAAAAUUACAAUCCUGAUCACGGUAUGGACCUCACAUCGCAAGGAGCUGGUACCUAUUGGUAUCUACCGCCUGAAUGUUUCGUAGUUGGGAAAAAUCCUCCGAAAAUUUCUUCGAAAGUAGAUGUAUGGAGUGUGGGCGUGAUUUUUUAUCAAUGUCUAUAUGGCAAAAAACCGUUCGGGCACAACCAAUCUCAAGCGACAAUUUUAGAAGAAAAUACGAUCUUAAAGGCGACGGAAGUUCAGUUCGCUAAUAAACCGGCAGUAACAAAUGAAGCUAAGAGUUUCAUUCGAAGCUGCCUGGCGUAUCGAAAGGAGGACCGUAUUGACGUUUUAUCACUAGCCAAACACGAGUAUUUGCAGCCCCCUAUGCCUAAGCAUUCGCGUGUAGCAUCGAGUCAACAGCAGCAGCAGCAACAACAACAGCAGCAGCAACAGCAACAACAACAGGCGGGCUCAUUUUCAACGGGACUAUUUGGAGCAAUGAACGCUUCCUCUUCAUCUUAGUGCAGUGCUGUGUUUAUUUAAGUUAUUUAAUUCAUAUGUCUAAAAUACUACUCAUAAAAACAACAAUUAGUUAAUUAUUAGUGGGACGCUGAAAAACCAAGAUUGAAGAACAAGUUGUGGUGAAAAUGUUGUUAUUUCGAGUGUGCGAAUGUGGAAAAAAGACGCCCAGUGUGUGGUGCGAUCCAAGGACUCCUUCAACUUCUUUCUCUUGUUGCUUACGCUUCCCUUCAAGGGUUUUUGUUAUAAAGGUUGGAUCGAGAACUAGAAACUUAGUGUACUACUACUCUAAAGCAACACUGUUAUUUGUAUAACUCGCUCUCUGGCUACUUUCCUCAUAUGUAUGGAUUAAACGCAAUAUACAUAAUUGUUGUGUACAUUUGGUUGAAUAUCUACCUUUAUAAUGAGAACCGACUCAGUCCAGUUCAGUACAGAAACAGAACAAUAGUCUGUAUGUUUCCUUUCUAAGCUAUAGUCAUAGAACGUUAAGUUAUUUUUUGAAGUGACCUUGCUUUGUACUAUAGUGUGUAUUUGGUUCGCUGCGUCCUCUUUCCUCUUCAUUAAAUAGUGUAUCAUAUACAGAAGGCUCAUGUUUGUAUCCCCACAUAACGUAAAAAUGGCCGCUUAUUAAGCCGAUUAAUAAGCGCAUUUUUUCCCAGCAGCAGCUUUGAGACAUUUUUCCUACGACAUUCGUUUCAAACAACUAAACAUUUUAGGGCGUAAUUGUAGUAAUAAAAGUCAAUAACCUCAAUAUUUGAGACAGUGGACGGACGGCACAUUGUGAUUUGCAUUUUUUCUAUUAAUGCGUAACUUUAUAUUUGUUAUUAAAUUUAACCGCAGAUUUAUUGGUUUUUCGUGGUUAAAAUGUGGCGUUUUCUGAACAAUGGCAGCUUGAAACCACUUCAAAAAACGUCAAGUGCCGCACUGUGAACAAUAUAAAUAAAUAUUCGAAAGCUUGUUAGUGGGGUUAUUGUAAUUUUGCAUGAAAAUGUCUCAAAUAUCCGAACAGUUGUUUAAAGUGUACCAAGUGAUGUGGAAAUGUACGGAGCUAGUUUGUACAGUGCACAGUGUACAUUGCAGAGCUGAUAAUUAGGGUUGUGUGUAGGUCUUCGUACAUUCUUCGUCAUCAUUGUUUUGUAAAUAAAUUGAAGCUGCAAUAUAAGAAGUGAAUGCCAAACAUGUCCGAUAUAAGUAAAACUCGCAAAUAAUUAAAAUACAUGUUACUUAUUUAUACUGUGCUGUUUGUGUGGGUGGUGCGCCACAGACAUUGUGAUAAGAAAUUAACUAAGAAGUCAUGUCUUAGUAGCAAAAAAACCGCAAAAUGUAUCGUUACUUUAUUGUUUAUGUACUUGUAUCUAUACUUUUAUUUUAUACAACGUUCACAGUUUUUUCUUUGGUAUAUCUACCGUUGUAAAUAAGUGUGUAUGAAUACACAGUAAAAGUUUUCAAAACCAAGUUAAUUUAUUUCUUCUUCAAUUUUAUUAUUAAAUAUAACUUUACUAAAUUUAA